CGGGAGGAACUUUCUUCGGGGAGGGAAAUUUAACGCGACUCUCCCGGCUCGACCGCACCACAAAAGCCCGUCGCGUCCACUCUGGAGCUUCCAAUUCCCCUCAAGUUACUUGCGACAACAACAAGAAAAAGGAUGUAUUUCUACUGAAAAGAGGAGACGCCUUCAAGUUGCUGGGGAACUUUUUCCACCGAAAUGGAAGGGAAUAUUCUAUGGAUUAUUUUGUCUUUUUUAUUGUUCAUGCAUCGUUCUGAAGGUUUUCGUUGCACGGAUAAAUACAGGCCCUGUGAGAACGGAGGGACGUGUUUAGAGUCGCCCUCCCGAUGCAUAUGUCGUCCUGGAUUCAUCGGUCCACUCUGUCGACACCAGGAUCCUUGCCAUCGAUCACCUUGCCUUAAUGGGGCCGCUUGUAAGAGCCAAGUGGUCAACAGUAUCCCACAGUACAGCUGUGUGUGCCAGAGAGGCUUCAGAGGCCAAGACUGUUUGCUCAUUGACGCCUGUGCCACCAGUCCCUGUGCAAACGGCGCCCGCUGUGCCAACUGGAAUAACCACUACAACUGCUCCUGCCCACCUGGCUUCCAGGGAAAGAACUGCCGCAGCGACGUGGACGAGUGCCGCAAGCCCGGUGUGUGCCUCAACAGCGGCCUCUGCAUCAACACGCACGGGUCCUUCCGCUGCCAGUGUGCACCUGGGUACAGCGGGCGGACGUGCGAAGUGUCCACGCUGCCCUGCGCCCCCUCCCAGUGCCUCAACGGAGGGACUUGUCGCCAGACCAGUGACCAUUCCUAUGAAUGUGCCUGCCUGCCAGGUUUUCAGGGACACAACUGUGAGAAUAAUGUGGAUGACUGUCCUGGCCACAAGUGUAUGAAUGGAGGGAUUUGUGUGGAUGGAGUCAACACAUACAACUGCCAGUGUCCACCUGAAUGGACAGGGCAAUACUGCGCUGAGGAUGUCAACGAGUGUCUAAUGCAACCAAACGCCUGCCACAACGGGGGGACUUGCUUCAACACCAUCGGGGGCCACACGUGCGUCUGCGUUAAUGGCUGGACAGGCGACGACUGCAGCGAGAACAUCGACGACUGCGCCAUAGCCGUGUGCUUCAACGGCGCCACCUGCCAUGACCGAGUUGCUUCCUUCUUUUGCGAGUGUCCUGUCGGCAAGACGGGUUUGCUGUGCCACCUCGAGGACGCAUGUGUGAGCAAUCCUUGCAACGAGGGGGCCGUGUGCGAUACCAACCCCCUUAACGGCCGUGCCAUCUGCACCUGUCCCGCCGGCUUUGUGGGAGGUGCUUGUAACCAGGACAUGGACGAAUGCUCCAUUGGUGCGAACCCAUGUGAGCACUUCGGGAAGUGCGUGAACACCGAGGGCUCCUUCCAGUGUCAGUGCGGCCGGGGGUACGCGGGCCCACGUUGUGAGAUCGACAUCAAUGAAUGCCUCUCCAUGCCUUGCCAGAACGAUGCCACUUGCCUGGACCGCAUCGGAGAGUUCACCUGCAUUUGCAUGCCAGGCUACAUGGGGACUUACUGCGAGAACGACAUCGACGACUGUGAGAGUAACCCGUGUGUAAAUGACGGCAUCUGUCGGGACAUGGUCAACGGCUUCUCAUGCACCUGCCAACCUGGCUUCACGGGCACCAUGUGUCAGAUCGACAUCGACGAGUGCGCCAGCACGCCCUGCCAGAACGGAGCCAAGUGCUACGACCGGCCCAACGGCUUCGAGUGCCGCUGUGCUGAAGGAUACGAGGGCACACUCUGCGAAAGCAACACCAACAACUGCCAGCCAGACCCGUGCCACCACGGCACCUGCAUCGACGGCAUUGCCAGCUACACGUGCAACUGCGACGCCGGCUACACGGGCUACCGCUGCGAGAACCAGCUCAACGAGUGCCACAGCAAUCCCUGCCAGAAUGGAGGCAAGUGUGUGGACCAGGUCAAUAAGUACAUCUGCCAGUGCCAGCACGGAACAUCAGGUACCAAUUGUGAGAUCAACUUUGACGACUGCGCCAGUAACCCAUGUGACUAUGGCAUCUGUAAAGAUGGCAUCAAUCGCUACGACUGCGUCUGCAAGCCUGGCUUUACUGGUUCAAAGUGUAAUGUGGAGAUAGACGAGUGCACGUCAAGCCCCUGCCGGAAUGGAGGCACAUGUGUGGAUGAAGAGAAUGGAUUCCACUGCCAGUGCCCGCAGGGGUUCAAGCCCCCGUAUUGUUACUCGCAGGUGGACGAGUGCGGCAGCAGCCCCUGCGUCCAUGGCUCGUGCAGGGACGACAUCAACGGUUACCGCUGUGACUGCGAGCCAGGGUGGGUGGGAAAAAACUGCGACCUCGACAGGAACGACUGCUUGCCAAGCCCGUGCCAAAACGCCGGCACCUGCAUUGAUCAGCUCAAUGGCUUCACUUGCAAGUGUCGCCAGGGCUUCAGAGGUAACCUAUGCCAGGUGAACAUCAACGAGUGUGCGUCCAGCCCUUGCCUGAACAAGGGUACAUGUGUAGACGGGGUGGCGAGUUUCACCUGUCUGUGCGAGCUUCCCUACAGUGGACCCACUUGCGCCGAAGUGCUGACUCCUUGCUCGCCAAACCCUUGCGCCAAUCAGGCGGUCUGCACCCACACUCCAGACUACAUGGGCUAUCAGUGCAACUGCCAGCCCGGUUGGCAAGGGCAGCUGUGCAACAGAGAUGUGAACGAAUGCCUCGCAAAUCCCUGCAAAAACCGCGGGACUUGUUCCAACACACUUGGAUCUUUUGUGUGCUCCUGCAGACCGGGUUUCACUGGGCCCACAUGUGAAACAGACACUAAUGACUGCUCCCCAAAUCCAUGCCUAAGCGGAGGCUCCUGCACAGAUGCCAUUAACUCAUUCCACUGUAGCUGCCUGCCGGGCUUCACCGGGCCGCGCUGUGCUCUGGAGAUCAACGAAUGCCAGAGUUUGCCCUGCAAAAACGGAGGCACGUGCACAGACUAUGUGAACUCUUAUACUUGCAGCUGUAGGCCCGGCUUCACUGGCAUCCACUGUGAAACCAACAUACCGGAUUGCACGGAAAGCUCUUGCUUCAAUGGAGGAACAUGCACAGACAAAGUCAAUGGCUACUCCUGCUCCUGCCGCUCUGGCUUCACCGGUUCUCACUGCCAGUACGAGGUCAACGAAUGUGACUCUCAACCUUGCCUUAACGGCGGUAUCUGUCAAGACGCCUUGGAGUCCUUCCGUUGCACCUGUCCAAAAGGCUACGCUGGCACCCGUUGUCAGACACCAGUCGACUGGUGCAGACGCUCCUCUCCCUGCCAGAACGCAGGACGCUGUCGUCAAAAAGACUCGUCCUUCGUCUGCGAGUGCAGUAAUGGCUGGUCUGGACGUUACUGUGACAUCCCCAGGGUCUCCUGUGAGACAGCAGCUCGCCAAAGAGGACUCCAGACAGACGAGCUGUGCCAUCACGGCGGACACUGCGUCAACAGUGGCAACACACACUACUGCAAGUGUCCCGGCGACUACACCGGCAGCUACUGCAAGACCCAAGUGGACCACUGCGAGGACAAGCCCUGUCGCAAUGGUGCCACCUGCAGGGGAUAUGUUGGAGGAUACCAGUGUGACUGUAUGCCAGGUUUUACUGGUCAGAACUGUGAGCUGGAGAUCAAUGAGUGUCAGUCCCAUCCUUGCCAGAACGGAGGCACAUGCAUCGAUUUAGUAGGACAUUACAUCUGCUCAUGCCCACCUGGCACGCUGGGCGUUCUGUGUGAGAUAAACGAAGAUGACUGCGCCCCGCCCCUGAGACUGCGCGGUGUUCCUCCCAAGUGUCUCAACAACGGCACCUGUGUGGACAGGGUGGGCGGAUACCGCUGCAAUUGUCCCCCCGGGUUCACUGGCGAACGAUGCGAGGGAGACAUCAACGAGUGUCUGUCCAGCCCGUGCAGCCCCUCCAACAGUUUGGACUGCGUCCAGCUGCCCAAUGACUACCAGUGUGUCUGCAAGCCCGGCUUUACAGGUCGAAGGUGUCAGAAUAGGUUCAGUGCGUGCGAAUCUCAGCCGUGUCAAAACGGAGGAGCGUGUUCUGCAUCCAGUUCCGCAGUUGGCUACACGUGCACAUGCCAGCUGGGAUACACUGGUCCCAAUUGUGAACGAAGCAUGUCCUGCCGGGAGCUGUCUUGCUACAACGGGGGAAGCUGCGCCCUCACCACGCGGGGAGCCCGCUGUAGCUGCCUGCCAGGUUACGGCGGGCCGCAGUGCGCCCACCGCAGCAACGAAGGGUGCUCUUCCCAACCCUGUCGCAAUGGCGGACUGUGCACCGAGGAGACCGGCUUCCCGUUCUUCCACUGCCAGUGUCCCAGUGGCUGGACAGGGAAACGCUGCGAGCAGGGCGGCCGACUCAACGAGAUCCCGACGCUCUCAUGCCCGCUGGCCGACUGCCACGGCAAAGCGAACGACGGCGUUUGCGACAAGGAGUGCAGCACAUUGGCUUGCCGUUGGGACGGCGGCGACUGCUCCCUGGCCGUCAACCCCUGGGCCCGGUGUGCGGACCCCCGCUGCUGGCGGGUCUUCAACAACAGCCAGUGCGAUGAAUCGUGCAACAAUGCGGAUUGUUUGUAUGACAACUUUGACUGCAAAACCAAGGAGAAAGUUUGCAAUCCCAUAUAUGAGACCUACUGUAUCGACCACUACGCCGACGGCCUGUGUGACCAAGGCUGCAACACAGAGGAGUGUGGUUGGGACGGGCUGGACUGCGCCCAGAAGGUUCCGGAAGACAUCGUCGACGGGGCUUUGGUUCUGGUGGUCCUUCUGCCUCCUGAGGAGCUCCUCCGCACCAGCACGGCGUUCUUGCUCAAGUUGAGCGCCAUCCUUCACACAACACUGCGUUUCCGCCUGGACCACAACGGAGAAGCCAUGAUUCGUCCUUACACCCGGCGGGAGGCACGCUUGAAGCGCGAGCUGCAGCCCCAGCAGGAGAUCAUUGGCUCCAUCGUGUACUUGGAAAUAGACAACCGCUUGUGCACUGAUGACUGCUUCCCGUCCCCUGAAAGCGCUGCGGACUACCUCGGAGCGCUGUCGGCUGUGGAAAUGCUCCGCUUCCCGUAUCCUCUCAAAGAAGUCCGAGGUGAAAGGAUCCCAGUAGACCCUGAUCCCAUUCCUCAGUGGGGCAAGCUGAUGCUGGUCGGGAUCACCUCGCUCUUCCUGCUGGUCAUCAUGGUGAUCGGCAUGUUGAUUUCCCGUCGAAAGAGGGAGCACAGCACCCUUUGGUUCCCCGAAGGCUUCUUCCUUAAAAAGGAGCCGAGCAGCAACAAGAACAGACGGGAGCCAGUUGGCCAGGAUGCUCUAGGAAUGAAACAUAUGCCCAAAACCGUUGAGGAAUCUCUGCUAGGAGAUCACAGUGACCAGUGGAUGGACGCAGACUGUCCAGAGCCCAAGAGACUAAAGAUGGAGGAGCCGAGCAUUCUGUCAGAGGGUGAAGACGCGGUGGACAGCCGGCAGUGGACGCAGCAUCAUCUGGCUGCAGCGGACAUCCGCGUCCCACCCACCAUGGCGCUCACACCACCUCAAGGGGAGUUUGAAAGCGACUGCAUGGAUGUUAACGUCCGAGGCCCAGAUGGUUUUACACCACUAAUGCUGGCAUCGUUCUGCGGAGGCGGCUUGGAGUCAGAGGUGGCCGAGGAGGAAGAGAGCGAGGAGUGCUCGGCCAACAUCAUCUCUGACCUCAUUUACCAGGGCGCAUCCCUUGCCGCUCAGACGGACCGCACGGGCGAGACGGCGCUUCACCUGGCAGCCCGGUACGCCCGCGCCGACGCCGCAAAGAGACUUUUGGAUGCCGGAGCGGACGCCAAUGCUCAGGACAACACCGGGCGCUCGCCUCUGCACGCCGCCGUGGCGGCGGAUGCACAAGGGGUAUUCCAGAUUCUGAUCAGAAACAGGGCCACAGACCUUGACGCUCGCAUGUACGACGGCUCUUCUGCACUCAUCCUGGCUGCCAGACUGGCAGUGGAAGGAAUGGUGGAGGAACUCAUCACGUGUCAUGCAGACGUUAAUGCAGUUGAUGAACUCGGUAAAUCCGCCCUGCACUGGGCUGCUGCUGUCAACAAUGUGGACGCUACUGUGGCCCUGCUGAAGAACGGAGCAAACAAGGACAUGCAGGAUCUAAAAGAGGAGACGCCUUUGUUCCUUGCGGCUCGCGAGGGAAGCUGCGAGGCGGUCAAAAUCCUGCUGGCUCACUUUGCCAACCGGGAGAUCACAGACCACAUGGACAGACUGCCCAGAGACAUCGCUCAAGACCGCAUGCACCACGACAUCGUGCAGAUCCUGGACGAGUACAACACUGUCAGGAGCCCCCAGGGCCACGGCGGGGCCGGACUUCACCUUUCCAGCGGGCACACACUGUCUCCCCUCAUGUGCCCGCCCAGCGCCUUCCUGCCGAGCCUGAAGACCACCCCGCAGGGCAAGAAGAACCGCCGCCCCGGGGCCAAAGGUUCCAACCUGGGAAGUCAGCACGCCAAUAGUCUGAAGGAGUCCGUGAAGGCCCGGAACAAGAAGCUGACCUUGGACAUGCAGAGCGCCUUACUGGAAAGCUCCGUCACGCUCUCUCCUGUCGACUCACUAGACUCGCCUCACGGGGGCGCCAACAACGCCGGCUACAUCACCAACCCCACGUCCCCCGUGGCAAUGCCGUCGCCAGGGCUCUUCCACUCGUCCAUGUCGGUCCCCAGCACCCCCAUGGUGCACGGGAACAUGCUGGACGGGAGCGGCCCCUUCACCGUGUCCCUAGCCCAGCUCAGUGACCUGGGCAACGGCGGCAUGUCUCUGCAGGGCCGCGUCUCCAUGCCGUCCGACGUCAACCACGGUUACGUGCUGAGCUCGGGCCAGAUGGGGCUCAACAUGGGUCUGGUGAGCCCGGUCAGCGUGCCCUUUGACUGGCACAGCCGAAUGGCCCCCUCCUCUCAGUGCGGCCAACAGGUGGUCAACCUGGUGCACGGCGGCCAGGCGUCCAUGCACCCCCAGAGCGCGGUCAUGCAGCAGCAGCAACAGAACAUGUUGAUGCACCAGCAGAUGUACCGCGGCGCCAUGUUGCAGCCCACGCCAGUCACCUCCACGCCCAGCGUCAGCCCGGUCAAGCUGCCCUCUAUCGCCGAGCAGCAGCUCCUCGGCCACUCCAUCAGCAGCCAGCAGAACAUGGCCCGCAUGGGCACCUCCACCCCGCCCACACCGCAGACUUCACAGCCCCCACCGCCUUUCUUCCAGCAGAUGCAGCAACCUUCUCAACCACCGCCGUCAGCCGUUGUGGCCGCGCCCCCUCAGGCGGCACCACCCCAGCCAAGCAGCAGCGGCGGCAGCAACGCGGCGGAAGACUACCCGACGCCGCCCUCGCAGCACAGCUACUCGUCAGCGCUCGACGCCACGCCCAAGCAUUACCUCCACAUGCCCAGCGAACACCCCUACUUGACCCCCUCGCCGGAAUCCCCCGAGCCCUGGUCCAGCCCCUCCCCCCAGUGCGUCUCCGACUGGUCCGACUCGACACCCAGCCCGGCCGUCGCCGGCUCCGCCCAAACCCAAAUCCCAAAAAUCCCGGAGGCGUCCAACGGCAAGAUGCAGGUGUUUGCGUGAAUAUCCCACGGCGGGCAGGAGAAGAAAGACGCGGGGGGUACGAGAAAUUCAGGACUGGCUCUCGGGGGGCCCCAACUGUGUUUAUGUGUCAGCCGCUUUCCAAGAUUUUUUAUUGGAUUUGGAUUGACUUGCCGACGAGGACGUCUGCUGGUGCGAUGAUAAAAGAACCAGUAAAGGGAAACGUGUGUUGUCUGGGGGAAACAGCAGGCAACUGAAUGAAGUAAUUCUGUCACAGAUGGACUUUAUUAUUAAGAAAGAAAUAGAAGUAUAUGAAGAAAACUUAAGUCUUUUAUUUCAAAGACUUUGGGAUACUUUCUGUAAAACUAACAUUUAAAAGUAGAUUGGAAAAAAAAAAAAAAAAAAAAAGCUGAAGGGAAUCCAUUUAUUUUUUUAUUUAUUGUUUUUUGUUUUUUUUAGAUACUCGUUUUGUCCUAGUUCCACUCAAAAUAAUGCGCCGUAGGGCUGGGCGAUAUUAAUUAUUAAUAUCUCGAUAUUUUUAGGCCAUGUCACGAUACACCAUAAUAUAUCUCCAUAUUUUGCCUUAGCCUUGAAUGAACACUUGAUGCAUAUAAUCAGGGGCGCCGCUAGGGAUUUUGGGCCCCAUGAAAAGAAUCAACACAGUGUCAUUAUUUUUUCUGUAUUAUAAUUUCAUCAUUAGAGGCCUCUCUGGACCCCCUCCAUCAUGGGCCCCUAGAAUCCGUCUCCUUAACCCCCCCCCUUUUCGGCGCCCCUGCAUAUAAUCACAGCAGUAUGAUGAUUCUAUGUGUCGACAUUAAAACAUUCUUCUUCAUACUGCAUUAAUAUAUGCUACUUUUAAACUCUCAUGCAGAGAGGGAAAUCACAACUAAAAGUGUAUUCAUAAAACAGUUAUUAAGCAGUGGCACAAACAUUCAUGUCAUUUUCAAGAUUGUCAGAGACAUUUUAAAACGAGCUAUUAGUGCACUUUUGUGCAUGAUGUCACUAAGAUGACAUAUCAUAACAACACUAAAUUAAAGUGCACUUUUUGUACAGAACGCCACUACAAUAGUUAAAAACAAAUAAAGUGCACUUUUGUCAUACUUGCCAACCCUCCCGAAUUUUCCGAGAGACUCCCGAAAUUCAGCGCCUCUCCCGAAAACCUCCCGGGACAAAUAUUCUCCCGAAAAUCUCCCGAUUUUCAGCCGGAGCUGGAGGCCACGCCCCCUCUAGCUCCAUGUGGACCUGAGUGAGGACAGCCUUUUCUUUAUGACAACAGGGUGACAAGAACUAAAUCAUCCAGACUAGAGAUAAAUUGUAUUAUUAUGUUUAUCUUACCUAAAAAUAAAUAUAUUUAUUAAUUUAAAAAA